AUGUCGGCCCCGCGCGGCGUCACGUCGCAGACGGCGAACGAGGUCGACCGUAGCGCCCAGCGAGAACAACCACCUUUUCUUGCAGACCUUCCUUGGAACGAUCCCGCCGUGACGUACACACCUGCACACUACACGCGUCGAAAUCUGCUGCAGGACCGGCUUUUGCAGAGCAACGAAUAUCAUCGCCGGCGAGUCAGGGCAGUCAUUGAGUUCUCCAGAGACUUGUUGAUGCAGCUUGGACAGAACCAGGACGAUGACGACCUGAUACUAUACAAGAUAUCCAAAGAUCGCCUUCACGACGCAUGGAUUGAUAUCUUCCUUACAACGCCUGACUACUAUCUGCAGAUGGCACCGGCUGAGAUUCAAGAAGUAUACCAUGAGCAGAUUACAUCAAUGUCAAAUGGGGUAAAGAUCAACGAGGAGUAUACCUUGGGUCGACCGAGAAAGCGAAAAGCUUCUGAAACUGAGAGCGGGGCUCAAGUACUUCGCACAGCUAAUGCAGUCAACAAUGCAGGAGGACAAGUGUAUGAGUCUGGUAAGCGACCCCACCACGAGAUCUCCGCACUGGCAGAAGGAUCACAGUCUCAGCAUCACUCGUCACUACCCUCUGAGAGUCUACUUUUAGCUUGUUCGUCGCGGGAGCUUGACCGCAUCUUAGACAUGUUCAUGCCAGCUCUGAGCGCUCAAGUUGCUAUCCCCACGCAUGAUCCGAUAGCGUCUGCGCCAGAGCCGGCGCUCAACACGAUGGCGGUCGCACCAGCAGUGGUAGUAGCACCUCCAAGUCAGCCUGUGGUCCCGGUAGCUAUUCCUCCAACGGGCGUAGCCCCCCAGCCUGGCUUAGCAGACCCCAUUGCUGCUUACAUGGCUGGCAACACCUCCAGGAACACACAAGAUAUCGCCGGUCAGGGAUGUACAGGCAUUGCAAUGUCCCGUGGUCAGAUCCGUGCCUUUUUCGAGAUCCAAGGUAGACCAUUGGCCAGCCUUCCACCCGCGGCCAACUCCCACCAUCGUCAUGAGCUGAGGGGUGUGGCUCCACCAAAAACGGUUGAUCCUACUUUGAUCAACUGUGUCACGACUGCGCAGGAAAUACUCACUUUUCUUCCAUUUCAGACCGUGAACUACGAGCUAUGGGACCGCAUUCGGAAGUCCUGGGCCCCAAAGGCGAUCGCUGAUUCAAUAGCCUAUGUUCGUCAGCUACGCUCAGGUAAGAGCUUCCACCGGACGACCUUCCACCACUAUCACGAUAACCGACCGGAAGACAUACCAGAGCAUACUUUCACCACGAACGUACCUUCAAACAUGUCACCGAGAGGGAAACUGGACAAGAGUGCCCGCACCUGGCCUCUUCACGACUACUUCCUUUACCAUCUGGGGGACGGAGUAGUGCAUUACCCCGCUGGUCGCAACGCACAGCUCAUGACGCACUGCGUUUGGCAUGUGCGGAAUGUAUCCCAUGACAUGGAUGUCAAGAUGUCGGAGAUCGUUCAGUAUGCAGCGAAGCAUGGCAUAUCCGUUCCCGCCGCUGAUUUGAUUCAGCCGGACACAAACGUGGUGUUGGAAGACACGCCUUCGCCGGCCUUCCUUGCUAUGAUCCACAACAAUUUUGUGAGCAAGUAUGGUAAAAGUUCUGGUGGCAUCUAG